UAUGCAAUCACUAUAAGUGAAAUUACAUAUUACUGUAAGACAUUGUAGAUUUGUAAAAAUAUAACAUGGAAUUGCAGCAGUCACCUGAGGUCGAUGAUUUAGAAGAAAGGGUCAAACUUAGGCGAGAAGCAAGAAGGAAAAAGAUUCUUGAGAAUGCCAAAAGUCGGUUAGAAAAAUUAAGCAUGAGACAAGGUGGAGAUGGCGACAGUGAUUUGGUGCGCCGACGUUCUAAUCAUCAGAUACAAGAAACUAUUGAGUAUUCGGAUCCAGAAGUUGAACCCGAUAUUCCAGAAAAUUUACAAAUGCCGUUUCAACAUUUUCAACAAUUUGAAAACACAUUCAAAGGAUUUGAAAGCAGUUUAAACCAAGAAGAUGUACUAGAAAAAGAAAAACCGUUCUUAAAAUAUAAAUUGCAUGUUGUGUUAGCUGUGACAGUUGCAUAUAUUACAUCUUUAAUAUUAAAUGAAAGUGAAGGAAAAACGUUUUUUGUGAUAAUACCAGUUGCCUUGGUUAUUUUAUCUGAUCUUACAAUAUUUCGACAACAAAAGCAGCGUAAUCCAAUGAUCAAUAUGCUAGUGAUCUUUGGACUACGAUCCCAAGAAAUUGUACAUGCAUUAGAUGUUGUCUCAAAACUACAAAACAUUAUGGCAGAUUUGUCAAUUUUCAUUUUUUACUUUUGCAUAGUUACUUGUUUUGGUAAUCAAUUUGUCCAUCUAGCUGAUAUAAAUUAAAAAAUAAAUAUCAUUAUUUUAUUGUGUGAAACUCACUUGUACCGAUUUA